CCACCAUCUCCGCGCAUCCCAGAGUGAAUCUGCUCGACUCUGUUCAUACUCGCCUCUCACAAAGCAUUCGCACGCGUAUAUAGUCUCAACGCCUCACGCGCUCGAUCAUGUCGAGCGCAUCGGCCGCGGGUGCCAAUGGCACGGCGACCAGCAGCGGUAAGGACAACAGCAGCAAGAGCAGCUCGGCGGCAGCGGCGGCAGCGGCGGCACCUCGCGAGCCAGCACCGCCUCUCGUUAAUUUGACCAACGACUGGCUCUUGUCGCUCUCGUCGCGCAUUCGAUCCAGGCCGAUCCCAUGGGAAGGCUAUCAACGCGCGGAUCUCGUGUCUUCGGAAGAGCUGCGCAUGAUCAGAUCCAUCGAUGCCACUUCCUCCACCAGCACGAUCAAGGAGGAGACGAUGGAGAAGCAAGGCAACGCGUAUGCUCAGUUGUACCUGCGCUUGCUGGCAAAGCUGGGAAGGACGGAUACGAUUCAGCAAGUUCUCGUCCUCGUCACCGAUAUGCUAAAGGACCACGACGAGAGGAUUGAGCUGUUCAAGCAUGUACCUGCACCCCAAGAGGCCGGUGGUGAAGCCGGCGAAGCGAGCCCUGUGUGGCCAUGGGCGCCCCUCAUCAAACUGCUGGAUGUGACAGACGACUUUGUGCAGCUCAAGGCGGCUCACAUUCUCACGCUGCUGCUGCUCUCGCCCUCCAAGUCGAGCGCUACCAAACCUCCUCAACAGGCCAUCGAACGCUUGCUGGAUUUCUUGUCCCUCCUGAUCAAUACCGGUGGUGCGUCUGGCGCCGCAGCGUUGCACCCUUCCAGAGCAGGAAACGGCGUGCUCGCUGCGCCUAGCGCCACCACGGGAUAUGCAGAAGGUAAUGGAGCGGAUGUGGCUAUCCAGCUGCUGCAGGCGUUGCUCAGGGAUGGUGCGCUGAGGCAGCAGGUAUGGUCGCGGGACCUCGAGCGGCUGGGAGAGGUACCGAGCGCGAGCGACCACGACCACGACGGCGGCGGUGACGGCGACGGCGCGCCCCAUCAAACUCCAGGCAUUAUUAGCGGUCUGACGAGCAUCCUUCGAGCAACUUUGGUCGGCUCGGGCGAAAAGUCUGGCAGUGCGACGCCGGGAUCCACCUCUUCAUCCAGCAUCUCUGCUCAAACAACUUACCAAGUCAUUUUCAGCUUGUGGUUGCUGACCUUUGCAAAGGACAUUGCUAGCUCUCUCAAUGUGAAAUUUACAGGAACCAUUUCGCUGUUGGUGGAUGUUGCGCGCGGUGCCAACAAGGAAAAAGUGGUGCGCAUCACGUUGGCUACGCUCAGGAACCUUUUGAGCAAGGCAGAGGGAGAAAAUGCCAAGGCGAUGCUCGGUGCAAAGGGUCUCGAUCUCAUCGCGGCGCUCAAGGCUAGGCAGUGGGGAGAUGAAGAGAUCAAGGAGGACUUGGAUGCGAUUGGAGAGGUGCUCGCAGAGAAACAAAAGGGUAUGAGCUCGCUCGACGAAUACGCGGCAGAGGUGGCAUCCGGCAAGUUGACUUUCGAAACGCCGAUGCACUCUUUGGACGAGUUUUGGAAGGAGAAUGCGGCAAAGAUUGUGGGUGAUGACGAUGGUCAGAUUUUGAAAUCCCUGGUGGGCAUAUUGAAAAGCGAAGAGAGCGAUCUUGCGAGCUUGGCCGUGGCUGCAUCGGAUCUGGGACGCAUCGUGAGCGUUGUCGACAGCGCCAAAAAGAAAUUGGACAAGCUGGGAGCGAAAGCGAGGUGCUUGGAAUUGAUUCAACAUUCCGAUCCCGAUGUUCGGUUCAGGGCUAUUUCCACCGUUUCCAAACUCGUUUCUGCCAGUUGGAAGUGAGAGGCGCGCGAGCGAGGCGGUCGCGCAGGAUUUUUCUCGCACGCACGCGCAAAUUCAACUGAAGUGCAUGCCACACGUCGUUGUCGUGAGCGUGUGUGUGGGUGUGUGCGCAAGAGGGAGAGAGAGAGAAAGAGAGAGAGAGGAGAGCUGCAUGGCGUGGCGUGUUUGCUCGUGAUGUCAGUCGUCCAUGGCCGAUGGAUGCCCUGAUGCGACGAAUUGGUCAUGCGGAGCCGAGCGCGCAGGCGUUGAGCAGCGGAGCGGAGCGGAGGGGAGGCGAGGCGAAUGCGAAUGCGAGUGG